AUGGCCAUGAGGCAGAGGCUGCUCACCUGCUUGGGCCACAGGCAGCCCUUGGUGGAUUUGGCCUUCAGCGGCAUCACACCAUAAGGCUACUUUCUGAUCAGUGCUUGCAAAGAUGGCAAACCUAUGCUCCGCCAGGGAUAUACGGGAGACUGGACUGGAACCUUUUUGGGUCAUAAAGGUGCUGUCUGGGGUGCAACAUUGAAUAAGGAUGCCACCAAAGCUGCUACAGCUGCUGCAGAUUUCACAGCCAAAGUGUGGGAUGCUGUCUCAGGAGAUGAAUUGAUGACCCUGGCUCAUAAGCACAUUGUCAAGACUGUGGAUUUCACACAGGAUAGCAACUACCUGUUAACUGGGGGACAGGAUAAACUGCUGCGCAUAUAUGACUUGAACAAACCUGAGGCAGAACCUAAGGAAAUUAGUGGUCACACUUCCGGUUUUAAAAAGGCUCUGUGGUGCAGUGAGGAUAAACAAAUACUUUCAGCUGAUGAUAAAACUGUUCGUCUCUGGGAUCAUGCUACGAUGACAGAAGUGAAAUCUGUGAAUUUUAACAUGUCCCUGAGCAGCAUGGAAUAUAUCCCUGAGGGAGAGGUCCUGGUGCUUACUUAUGGGCGGACUAUUGCUUUUCAUAGUGCACUUAGUCUGGAGUCCAUUAAAUCCUUUGAAGCUCCUGCAACCAUCAAUUCUGCAUCUCUUCAUCCUGAGAAGGAGUUUCUUGUUGCAGGUGGAGAAGACUUUAAACUGUAUAAGUAUGAUUAUAAUAGUGGAGAAGAAUUAGAAUCCUACAAAGGUCACUUUGGUCCCAUUCACUAUGUAAGAUUUAGUCCUGGUGGGGAACUCUAUGCCAGUGGUUCUGAAGAUGGGACAUUGAGAUUGUGGCAAACUGUGGUAGGAAAAACCUAUGGCCUUUGGAAAUGCGUGCUUCCUGAAGAAGACAGUGGUGAGCUGGCCAAGCCAAAGAUCGGUUUUCCAGAAACAUCGGAAGAGGAGCUGGAAGAAAUUGCUUCAGAGAAUUCAGAUUCCAUCCACUCUUCAACUCCUGAAGUUAAGGCCUGAGCAUCAGAUGUAUGCCCUAGACACUAUCAUCUAGUUUAUGGACUGAACAAGCAGAGAAAAGCAUCAGCCUUCAGAGUUACUCUCUGCCUGCGGCAAAGAGGGCAGAAACGAUUGGGAAUAUGAAUUAGUGCCAGCGCACGAACAACUACUCCGUGUCCUGUGAGUGCAAAUAGCUGAGUGUGUGAGGUGCAGGCAGGAGGGUGUGCUCAGGGAGUACCAUAGCCUGCUGUCUCAGGUGAACAAGCCAACGUACAAUUUCCAUUUUACACUUCAGUUUCUUGUAGCUGUUUAUGUUAUGGAGAAGAAAGAUAUAUUGGCCUAUUUUUCUGACUUUUCCCUUAAAGCAGAAUGUCUUUUUCUCUUUGCUUAGUUGUAAAGAAGAGGAAAUACAUGAUAAAGUAACUGGUUUGAUCUCUUUCAUUGUACAUUGACUGCUUCUGAAUAUCCAAUAUUUUUUAGUUAUCUAAAUAAAAUGCCUCUAAAACAAAA